AUGGAAGUGCCAAUAUUAUGUGCUGGUGUUGUUGACUUCUUAGCUUCUAUCGUGGUAAACAAUAGUUGCAACAUCGAUUCCGCAUCUUUAUUAUUGUCAGAGACUAAUGUUAAUCUGGUUGAUGAAGCAUUAAGCAUACUUCAUAACCUUCAUGUAUCUGAAGCUGGAUUGAAGAAUCUACUAGCUUUCAAAAACGGUCAAUUUAUCGAGUCCUUAACAAAAGUUUUACAGAAAGGUUUCUUUGAAUCAAGAGCUUAUGCAGUUUUCUUGCUUAAAUCUAUGACAGAAGUAGCUGAACCAGUGCAGUUACUUCAUCAAAAAACCGAUUUAUUCGUGGAACUGGUGCAAGUUUUGAAGGAUCAAAUAUCACAAAAGGUAUCAAAAGCAGCCCUUCAGACACUAAUUAUCCUCUGUCCAUGUGGAAGAAACAGAAUCAAAGGUGUUGAAGCAGGAACAGUUCCUGUCUUAAUAGAGCUUCUGUUAGAGAAUUGCAAAGACAGAAAACCAAAUGAAAUGAUGUUGGUUUUAUUGGAAUGUCUCUGUCAGUGUGCAGAAGGAAGAGCUGAACUUCUGAGACAUGGUGCAGGAAUGGCUGUUGUAUCUGCGAUCCGCGAUGAAAUAAACGAUGUCGAGAUAAUCUACAAACCGCUUUCUGAUAUGCUCGAAUGCGUAGGCGAAGCGGAUGUAGUUUUCACAAGCACGGCAUCAGAGAAUCCUUUGAUUUUAAAACAACAUGUUAAGGAACUUCCUUUCGCAAGCGAAGAAAUGGGACGAAAGUGCCUCUUCGUCGAUAUUUCUGUUCCGAGGAACGUAGGUUCGUGCGUCGAUGACCUCGAAUCAGUCAAAGUUUACAAUGUCGACAACCUUAAAGAGGUAGUGGCUGCUAACAAAGAGGACAGACUAAGAAAAGCAAUGGAAGCACAAGUGAUCAUCGGCGAAGAAUCGGGCCAAUUCGAAGCAUGGAGAGACUCGUUAGAAACUGUUCCUACUAUCAAGAAACUGAGAGCUUAUGCUGAAAGGUUAAGGAUUGCUGAGGUUGAGAAAUGUUUAGGUAAAAUGAGUGAUGAGGAUAUAAAUAAGAAGACACAAAAAGCAGUGGAUGAUCUUGGUAGAGGUAUAGUGAAUAAAAUGCUUCAUGGUCCAAUGCAACAUUUGAGAUGUGAUGGGAGUGAUAGUAGGACUUUGAGUGAAACACUUGAGAAUAUGCAUGCUUUGAAUAGAAUGUUUGGUCUUGAAACUGAGGUUUCUGUUUUGGAGCAGAAGAUUAGAGCUAAAGUGGAGCAAAAACCAUAG